AUGGCAACGCAGAUCAAAGAUCAAGAUGUCCCAGAACAUUUGCAUGACUUCUCUGAUAUGAAGCACUCAUGGGCGUCCGGGUUUUGGGCAGGCGAUGGCGGAACCAAACCCCUCGCAAGUAUCGUCUUCAUCAUGCCAACGAUUUUUACAGGCCAAGGGACUGAAGCAUUGAUUGAGGUUGCGACCGAUGGGGCCGAAUUCCACGAAAGAGUCAUCGACCACCUCGUUAGGCGCAUGGAUGAAUGUCAACAUAACCUGAGCCAGCAUGACAUUGAUCUACUCUUCCGCCACAUUCAGAAACAUCGUAACCGCAUUGGCGCAACCAGCACAAAGCCACAUAUCGAGAGCAUACCUGACCUCCUCAAGUUCUUCCUGGACCAAGCCACAACCGCCGACGCCCUUGCUCAUAAAGCAGACUCCGUGUCCAAACAGUUUUCUCAGAUCAAGAAGAUCUCCAAGCGGAUUCUUGCUGAUCAACAAGAGCAGGGUCGUGAGUUGGUUGCGUCCACUGAAGGCAGGAAGAAGUUGAAAAUUGCGACAAAUGUUCUGGAUACAGUAUGGGAUAAAGUGCAAGUUGAUUGGAGGACAUUGAAAGCAGAGGUCGAUGACUUUGAAGCAGAUCAGUCCAUACUCCAAGUCAUUCACUUAGCAGAACCCGAAUCUGAUGAACCUACUCUGGCGACCAAGGCAACUCCGGGUGAGAAGUGGUCCAAAGGCUCGAUCCAAUCACAGGGAUCCCCUGUCGCCCCGUAUGCUGAAGUCGACUGGAAAGAAAAGGGACAGGAGCAUAAAGACGGUUCAGAAGAAGGAGGGUCUACAGAGGCGCAAUGUCAAAUGGACAAGCUACUAGAACUCAUGCAUGUCGCCUUGGGCGCCGCUUCCAAGUAUGAGUAG